AUGUCUUCAAUUAUCUGUAAAGUUCCGUUCGAUGUAUCUGUUCCUCCACGAUUCAUCGUUAAUCUCGAUUUACCUCCAAUGUUAAGAUGGCAACAUAUCCUACGCCUAUAUAUAGAUCAACUUCAUCAAGUUGAAAAAAGGAUUGAGUCGAUAGUCAAUAAAAUCGUUGGUGAAUGGCUAGGUCCUAUGUUUGAAAAUGUUCUAUCAACAAUCAUGGCUGGUAUAACACGAUUAGGACUAGUUUAUUAUGGACAAGAAUUAAAAGGUAUCUCACAUGAUACAGGAAUACCAUUAGGCAAAUUAGUAAUGAUACAAUUUGUUUAUGAAUGUUUUGCAUGUUGUACAUCGAUUGUAUGUCAAAAUAAAGAAACUAAUAUUCCAAUGCAUAUUAGAACUAUGGAUUGGGGACUUGAUUUUUUAAAACAAUUGACUAUUGAUGUUGAUUUUCAGAGGAAUCAUCAAACGGUUUUUAAAGCAACAACAUGGAUUGGUUAUGUGGGAAUUUUAACAGGAAUGAGAAUUGAAAAUGGCUAUUCUGUAUCAGUUAAUUUUCGUCAUAUAGGUGGACAAUUAACAACGAAUCUCAAAACUGCUUUAGCAAAUGGAUGGCCAAUUGGUUUUCUUGUUCGUGAAAUAUUAGAAUCAACACAAAAGUAUGAAUUAGCAGUUGAACAACUAGCACAAUCUUCAAUAAUUGCACCAUGUUAUUUUACUAUAUGUGGAACAAGUCAAACUAAGACUAUCGGAACUUUACUAACUCGUAGGCAAACAUUAGAAGAAAACAGACAAACAGUUUCCGAACAUGGUUCAAUCAUACAGACUAAUAUUGAUCAUUGGAGUUCAGAAAAAGAGGAAGAUAUUUUGUUUUCGAUAAAACGUCGAGCUUUAUCUAAACAAUUGUUGAAUUCGAUGACAGAAGUCAAUGAAUAUGAAUUAUGGAAGGAUGAUUUAUAUUGGCGAUUGUCAUCAACUUAUGUUUGUUGUAAUUGUGGACGCGAAUUUGAUAUUAAUGAUAAUCCAGGUGGUAAUUGCAUGCAUACUGGAACAUGGCAUGCAAGAUUUAAUCAUUGUUCUUAUUUAAAAUGUGGUUUUCAUUUGGGUAAAAAAGCAUCGAUCGGUAUACAACAUUGGUCGUGUUGUUAUUCAUUAGAAAAUCGAUCUGAUGUAUGCAGUCAAAGCAAUCCUCAUACAUUCAUCAAACAAUAA